AUGGAUAAGGAAGCAAAGCCUGUAGCGGAUCCGGUGAAGCUCAAACAAGAGGGCGAGAUCUUACUGGCCGACUCUAUGAAGUCAGAAAGGGCGGUAGCAGACUACCUGAGCAGUCUGGGUUUGGCUGCGGAUGAAAGAGUGGGCGGUAAACACCGUCUCCUUGAUCCAAAGGCAGAAGAACUCUAUGAAGGCGUCACGAAAGCAGUGAUCAACAGUACACUGCCCAAGGACCUUCCCAACCUACGGAAGGCGUACGAGGAUCCGGAGUGCUUCAAGGAAGAAGCUCAAAGCUUGAUGUCGCGCUACGGCUCUAUAUGGGGAGACGAUGACCGAAGAAGUGCAACAAACGAACUUCGCAUUAGCCAGCCGGAUGACAAAGCGACGAAAGUUAGGAAGCAGGAGCGCUCUCUCUCGAACGCGCCUUUACCCAAGCCCUUCAUCAGGGGCCCCUCCAGUAAUAGCGCACCCGAAGAUGUCGCUCUGAGCACUGUCACAAAUUCUUAUGGCGGCGAUGACAAUCCCAGCGACGACUCGGAAUCAUACGGAUUUAUCAAGCAGGAGGGCUCCCCUACUAUAUCGCCAGAUAUCAAGAUCAUCGGCGAUGUAUCUACUUAUAACGGUACUAAGCUUGGACGUACUCUCGAAGAACAAGAUGACGCGGAGAUUGAUGCACUGCCCCUGGAGAAGGGAAGGUUAAAGAAGUCGGACACGGAAGAAGGAAACUCGUCCUUGACUACAAUCGCCCCGGACACAGAUUGUCCCCCGUAUACACGCUGGGAUGAGCGAUCUGCAACGCAGAUAAGCGAUACAAACUGCAGCGGUCUUCCUCCCAGCAAGGAGAACGGUCGUCAGGUCGAAUCUAGCGACGACACAUCGUUAAUCGACCGGUUCAUGAACAUGGCUCUGCAACCACAGCAGGACGCUGCGACGCAUGCUCCACCACGUGAGGACCCAACUGGAGAUCCUUACGUGAACCCUAAACCAACGGAAGAGUCUUACCACCAACAAGUCGCCUUUGAUGAGCUGGUAGAGGUGCUCAAGACGUCGACCCCUCAGGGUUCCAAGACCAGAAAGCUCGAGUUCAUCCGAUGCAAGCUGUCCACCACCGAAACAUUCAAGAGAAUGAAAAGAGAAUUGGGUACCGCUGAUUUCAAGGAAUCGUAUACAUCAAUGUUGUUGUGGCACAAGAUUCACGCUAAAUUGCAUGACUUCCAGAUGGCUACCAGCUACCACGGAAAGGCAGGUGCGGACUGGCGGGCCCACAAGCAGACUUUGAGAGCGUCCUCUUGGAAAGAUGCAUCCCUGCCUGCUCUAUCUGCGCAUCGCGAGCUAGGUCUGUUUGUCCAGGAGUCGGAGGGACGUCGGGAAUGGGUGGCAUUCAGGCCGGGUGUGUUCGCGACACGUGUAGCUUGCUUCUACGCUACUCUCCUACAGCAACCAAAUGUAGGUGCUGCGGAUCUUGUCGCUGGAUUCCAGGAGUAUAAUGUUGAGCUGCUCAAGUGGUUCGAGGUUGGAGAUUGA